CGCGGGCACGCAAGCGCCCAAGAGGCACCCGGGGAAUUAAAAGAGCGAGGGAAAAAAAGCUCAGGCCGAGACAACACCGCCCGGACCUGCCCGGGCGGAGCGCCGCCAGCCGCGUCCCCCGCCUCGGCGUGAUGCGUACGGACUGGCAGGUGACGCCCCGGCCACCCCUGUGCCCGCGCCCUAGCCGCGAGCGCGCGCCGGCCUCCGGGAGCCCCGCGCCUGGCCCCGGCUUUCCAUGGGGCUGCGGGGCUGGCUGCGGAGCGCGUGCUGCUGCUGCCCGUGCCGCUGCCUGGAGGAGCCCGCGCGGCCGGAGAAGGAGCCGCUGGUCAGUGGUAACAAUCCAUACUCCUCAUUUGGAGCAACUCUGGUGAGGGAUGAUGAAAAGAAUUUAUGGAGUAUGCCUCAUGAUGUGUCCCACACAGAGGCAGAUGAUGACAGAAUCCUGUACAAUUUGAUAGUCAUUCGUAAUCAGCAGACCAAAGACUCCGAGGAGUGGCAAAAACUCAACUAUGAUAUCUACUCCCUGCGGCAGAUUCGAAGGGAAGUGAGAAACAGAUGGAAACGCAUUUUAGAAGAUUUGGGUUUUCAAAGGGAAGCAGACUCUUUGUUGUCAGUGACCAAACUCAGCACCAUGAGUGAUUCUAAAAAUACAAGAAAAGCUCGAGAGAUACUGUUAAAACUGGCCGAGGAGACCAGUAUCUUCCCAACCAGCUGGGAACUCUCAGAGAGGUAUCUCUUUGUUGUGGACCGUCUCAUUGCUCUUGAUGCUGCAGAAGAGUUCUUUAGAAUUGCUCGCCAAACUUACCCCAAGAAGCCUGGGAUCCCAUGCUUGACAGAUGGCCAGAAAAAACUACACUACCUUCCAUUUCCAAGUCCCUAAAGGGGAGGCUCAGAAUCGCAUCAGGAAUUCUUUCACUGGGACUCAAUAGCUUACCAAAGUUGGACAGUUACACGUAGAUGCAAGUAACCAAGUAGAAGACUUGCUAACUGAGACAUGAUUCUGAAUCCUACAAAAUGUAAGGUCUUCAUGAUGAUGUUAGUCUAAUAAAUGCUCUAGUUGUAAUAAAACACCCUGCUAAUCUUGCAUCCAGAAAGAAAGUUAAGGAGUUGGUUAGCUCCAAGAAUCCAUUGCCCCAGCUAUGGAUAAUCUACAAUCACUCAUCCUGUGGGUGAGUGGGAUUUUUCUCAUCAGUAAACCAAUAUGACUAAUAGAGAAAGGUGUAAUUAGGUCCCCAAAUGUUUUACCAAUUUAAAAGUAAUCAUUAUAAAAUAUAGAAUUAGACAAAAUGUCCCCCAAAGAAUAUGAGGCAUUAUAUGGCCUCUCUUUGGUUUUGGAAACACCUGCAGAUCCUGGUUUGCCGUUAGGGGCAUACAUUUGAGUGUCGGUUAUUAGAAGUUCUGCCCAGGUAGAAUGGCUCCUGAGCUGCAUGCAGCUAAGUGUCACUUGUGAUACAUGCAUCCCAACCCCCCAAAGUUAAAGUUACCUGAUUACCUCAUUUUCACAUAUUACCCAAUUCUGUCCAAAAGCCCUUGACAUUUUAUCAGGGAUAGCAUCUGUAAACUGGAAUGCUUGGCCUCCAUGUCCUCUGUUUUUGAUCUGCUCCUGCUUAUCAGCUGAAGAUUGUGCCUGCCUUGGAGCCUUCUGUGUAGAUUUGCAGGUGUACAGGCAGGGAUGUACUGACAAGGGUCACUGCUGGGUCUUCUUCCAGUCUUAAGGUGAUUUUCAGAAUGGAGCAGCACCGUGAGUGCAGUUUCCUUCCUUCCACAGGACUUCGAGCUUCCUGGGUUCAUAAGCAAGGAGCUUGCCCAGAGUUUGUGGGUUAAUUUUGUUGAAAAGCCUUUAAAGACUUGUAGGUUUUAUCAGUCUGCUAACUGCUGAGAACAAUAGCAAUAUUUUUAUUUUUUGAAGAUUUUGCCCUUCUGACUUUAGGUUGGAAAUGGAUUUGUAUUAGUUUGUCCAGGGGAUUGUGACUUGAAGAAUUUCAUGUACUGACUGGCUUUUUUGGUUGUGUACAUGAUGUUUAAAAGAUUUCCUAGAAAAUAUAUGUUCUUCGUUUACUAAUACAUUGUAGACCAAUUCAACAGAUGUAUUUCAGGAAAUUUUUUUCCUAGUUUAAUAAGUAAGCUAAAUUUUUUAUUUUUAAUAUUUAGUGCUUAAUCUCUGCCUCAUGUUGUUGAAAAUUAGCCUUCAGGUAUUUUCCCCUCACUUCUGUAGGCUUUUAGAAGAUAAAUAUACAAAUAGUGAAACAAAAAAUAAGCAAAAAAAAAAAAAUCUUAGACCAUUGUAUUGUUUUAAUCUCUGUACUCAGAAUCUGUUUUAUCUUUUGUCUUUUUUGAUGUCAAAAUAGGUGAGCUUGUUUGCAUCUGUAGAAUAUAAACUGUUACCAUAGUUUUAUUUUUGGUAAUGAGCAAGUAAGGAUAAAACUAUCUCUCUAAUAAUUAAAUACAUGGAAUUACCCAGGAAUUUUUCCAAGUAAU